AUGCACGACACCCAUAAGUCAAUCGAGUGGUCUUUGUGGACGUGGUACCAUAACAAAUCUCUGAUGAAAAACGUGCACUUGGCCAUCGAAAGCCUUCGCGAUAGCAUGCAACAGUUGAGCGGGUUGACUCCCGAGUGGAUGUGGGACGUUACGGUCGCUCGCUCCGCCGAGGAACUCGACGACCCAGACGAUUUGAAACAUUUCUGGUUGGCGAUGGGCGUGGAGGAGAGCGUCGUGGCCACCCUGGUCAGCUUGCGCUUGCGGUACUUUGGGGGUCGACUCGAGAUCCUUGACACAGGCGAUGCGGGCGAGGACACCUUCACCAAUAUGAAUUUCUGCUUGUUCAGCGUCUGGCGCUUGAAAAAGUUCAAUGGCAGCAGGUGGCAUGCUGCAACCCGGGCUUGCCAGAUGGGCGUCGGAGCAAUAUUUGGCGGGCUGCGCGGACUCGCCAAGCACGUGCUGGACCGCCCCAACGCGCAGGACUUUUACUUGGGAGGCGUGGAGCGGCUCGGUUCGGACGAACUUCACUUCAUGGUGACGGCUGCUACGGCCAGUUUCCCAGCGGGCGCAGUGAUGCAGAUGUUGCUCAGAGAUUCCCGGGUGGCCAUGCACCUGUGCGCUCUGAAGACAACUAUUCGUGAGGCGAUGGAUAAACUUUGCAACUAUGGCGAUGGUAUAUGGGGUCUCUUCGGGAGAGUCUGCAACAUGGCUGGCCCUGAAGUGCGGCACUCGUCCAUUGGCGCGGCCCACGUCGCCAUCGGUUUCAUGAUGUUUCGCUUUGUCUGGAAAGCAGAAGGCGCCCCUUGGUGCAUGGUUCGUGGAGACGUUGAUGCCAAUUUGGACGCUCUCAAACGAGGCCCGAUACCGACCGAACCCAUCACGGAGCAGAUGUGGCAUCUGGACAAAUUCCCUGGGGGGCGGCGUGUCAACAGACAGGGUGUCGCGCUGCUGGCCGACAUACCCUGGGACACGAUUGCGGCGGAGCAUUUGCACGCUUCGGGGGCGCUCCGGGGCAAAUUUCGCCCUGACACAACGUGCGAGGGCCUGAUGGCGAGGGCGUUCAUGCACAUGAGUAAGAAGGUCCCCCCAGGCCUCGACGAGGACGAACGCCGCGAAGCCAUGCUACACAAUCGUUUGAAGCGCCUCGAGAAAAGGCGGCCGCAAAGUUACCAGGGGCGUGAGCAGUAUGUGAAGGAACUCGUUGAGUUGUCCAAGGUCCGGGAGGCAGACGGCCAACGCGGGUUGAAGUCCAAAGACGCGUUCAACAGGGAACGACUCAAAAAAGCUGCAGAGAAGCCGCCGCUCCGGUUCUCUUCCUGCAAACUGGCGCAGGGUGAUUUCUUGGAGUGGGAUGAGAUCUUCAACAGCGGCGCCUUCAGGGAUGGUCGCGGUCUGGAUGACAUGCGCAAGGCAGCCAGAGAGGCGCCGCCUAAGCUCACCAAGACGUUUCUCGAUGAGCUCGAGGGGUACGCAGCUGAGGAAGAGGGGAAGCACGACAGACCGCCCUGGUUCCCCGCGGUCGUUCGAAACAGGGAGUCGUUUGCGUCGACCAUUUGGGGGCUUCAGACCGGCGGCGAGUGCAAGUAUUACAAGUUUAUCUUCGCAGCGCAGAGUCCCCAGUUCAUCAUGUUCGCCCCACUCGGCGAGAAGGACGCGUACUUCCCCGCGCACGUCAGCAUGUUUGGCGGCAGCUGGGAAGAUGCGUGCGUUUCUCAGUGGCUUCAUAAUUUCACCUUCGGCGCCUUGGAUUUCGCUGCCUGGUUCGACCUUCCCCUACCAGACGACGCAGCCAGCAUUCGGGUGCUCCGGAAUGCGCAUUAUGCCGGCGGCUACGAUAUCGCGUGCGACGACGUGGGGGGGCCGCUCAGCGCGCUCUUGGCGUCGCUGCCGCGCGCCCCUGUCGCCGAGAACAGGAGCGGCGGGGCAUCGAGCACGCGCGCUUGGAAGGAUGAGUUCCUGAAGCACUGGCCGUGGUUAGCGGGGAAGUUCGAGGAGGAGGAAAGCGAGCGUCGGAGAGCUGCGGGCCGACGGUCAGGCUUGCGCAAGGGUGAGUCGGACGACGAGACACCCGAGGAGCAGCGCAUGAACGACGAGGACAUCGAGGAGAUGAUGGAGCAUCUCCACGCCGUCCGGGAGGAGUGGGAUUUGGGGCCAGAUGCGCCCCAGGAUUUCCUCCUCAAGGUACUGGGCGGAAAAUGGUGCAUGGAGCAUUACGGCGUGCCUUUCGACGCUUUCAAGGGCGAGGCGCACGGGGAGAUGGCCAUCGACUUCGCCGAGAG